UGUUGCUCAACUUUGUCAUAAUCGUAGUUCUUCUCAGUUCCCACCUUAUCUUCUUCUUCCUCCAAAUUCUCUCCUGUAACUCCUUAACAAGCAAUUACAAUGGCGGAGGACGACUCAAGUGCAACCAUUGCCUCUCAGCAGGAAGAAGAAGAACAAGAAAGCAGGCAAAAUGCACAAAAUCUGGAUGCCCAGAGUUCGUCUUCAGAUAGCUCAGAAUCCGAGUACGACUCCGACGGUUCAUCAGACUACGACGACGAAGUGGAUGAGCCACUUGUUUAUACUCGGCCGGGAGAGGAGCCGCCGGAGUCGGAUAACACUCCGGAAGUGAACAUUCGACGGUUUAGUCAAAUUCUCGACGGCAAGCGAAUGAGGAGGCAGCAAGAAGAAGAGGACGAGAACUAUGUGUAUCAUGAAGACCUUUUCGAUUUUCCUGAGGACCCUGAGAAUUGGAGGGAGGAGGAUUUGCAGGAGCUUUGGAUGGAUGCUCCAUUGGAAAUGACGAAGCCUGGUUGGGACCCAAUUUGGGCGGAUGAGGAGGAUUGGGAGAUUGUGAGAGAUGAGGUUGCGGCCGGGAAAGAUCCACCAAUUGCACCAUUUUACGUGCCCUACCGGAAACCUUACCCAGCAAUUCCCGAUAACCAUUACGAUAUAUCAAGUCCAAAAGCAGUGAUUGAAGAAUUGGACAGGAUUGAGGAAUUUCUCAGAUGGGUCAGCUACAUUUUCCCUGAUGGAAGCUCGUAUGAAGGAACUGUUUGGGAUGAUUUGGCUCAUGGGAAAGGUGUUUACGUUGCUGAACUGGGGCUCGUCAGGUAUGAAGGUGAAUGGCUUCAGAACAAUAUGGAGGGUCACGGAGUGGUUGAGGUUGAUAUUCCUGACAUAGAACCUGUGCCCGGUUCCGAGCUUGAAAAACAGAUGCGUGCUGAAGGGAAAAUAAUCUCUAGAGAUUAUAUGACCCCAGAAGACAGAGAGUGGCUGGAGAUGGAUAUUGAAGAUAGCAUCCGUCUGGCUGGAGGAAAUUACGAGAUUCCUUUUUAUGAGAGAGACGAAUGGAUCAAACAUUUUGGAGAGAAACCGGAGAAAGGUCGGUAUCGUUAUGCUGGUGAAUGGAAGCACGGUAGGAUGCAUGGAUGUGGAGUAUACGAAGUUAAUGAGCGCACAAUAUGGGGCAGGUUCUAUUUUGGGGAGCUGUUGGAGGAUUCUACUGGAUGUGAUGAGGACACUGCAGCGCUUCAUGCAGGCUUAGCGGAAGUUGCUGCUGGAAAGGCUCGAAUGUUUGUCAACAAACCUGAUGGAAUGGUUAGAGAAGAGAGGGGUCCAUAUAGUGACCCUCAGCAUCCCUAUUUCUACGAGGAAGAAGAUACGUGGAUGGCGCCGGGCUUCAUCAACCAGUUUUACGAAGUCCCUGAUUAUUGGAAAACAUACGCGCACGAGGUAGACACAGAGAGAGAAAUGUGGUUAAACUCUUUUUAUAAAGCUCCACUGAGAUUACCAAUGCCUGCAGAACUUGAAUACUGGUGGUCACAAGAUCAUACUCCCGAGUUUAUUCUCGUCAACAAGGAACCAGAGCCUGAUCCUGAAGAUCCAUCAAGGCUCGUAUACACUGAAGAUCCUCUCAUCCUACACACACCAACAGGACGAUUAAUCAAUUAUGUUGAGGAUGAGGAGUAUGGGGUUCGCUUAUUUUGGCAGCCACCGCUGAAAGAAGGAGAAGAUAUAGAUCCAGAGAAGGUUGAGUUUUUACCACUUGGCUUUGAUGAGUUCUAUGGUAAAGGGGUAACUGAAAAGAAGGAAAAUAUUUGGAUGCGGCUUGUAUCUGGCCUGGAAAAUGGAUUGAAAUCAAGACUCGAAAAAUUUGAGAAAUGGGCUGACGAGAAAAAGAAAGAUAGUGAGAUGAAGAAGCAGCUUAUUGAAAAAGAACUUGAACUGAUAGAAGCUGAAAUUUGUCUGGAAGAGGCCAUUGAGGAAAUGGAAGAGGAACUGAAAAGGAAAGAGAAGGAAGAAGAGAAGAAGGUGGAGAUGGAUUUGCUUGAUGAAGAUGUUCCUUCAUCGACCAACCAAGACAAAAAGGCUUCAGUUGAAGAGGGAGCUGAAGAAGAAGAAGAAGAAGAAGAAGAAGACGACGACAACGACGACGUGGAUGAUGCUCCACCAUCCAGUUUUGGCUCUGUUUCAGCCGAUCGGGACCUAUCGAAGGACCAGAAGCCAAAAAAGCCAAGAGAUUCACCAUUUUCUACAGCUUCGCUGCAUUUUGCUUCUAGUACUCUUGUUUCAGGGGUUCCAUCGAGAUUGAUUCAAUCCAUUUUGCCUUGGACAAAGGGUAGGUCACCCUCAUCGUGUGCUAGCCAUGAUUACUGCUUAGAAUCAUUUCAUUCGGUUAGUUUUCCAAGAACGCCAAGUUCAAAGGGAAGCUUGAAGGCCGCCAUUAUACCAUCAAAAUGGCAGAACCAAUCCAGAAUUCACCCAAGUCGAAAGAGAUCGCUGCUGCGUCCCAUGGCUGAAUCUCAAUCAUGUCAUUCCAAAUCAUUAAAUCUGGACCACUCGGCAGUGUGUAACAACCAGCUCUCCGAAACAGUAGGGAAUCGAUACAGCAUACUGUCUUGGCACACACCAUUAGAUGAUUUGGAGUCAUAUGCAGAGACUACCAAAAGAUAACCUGUUGUAAAACCUUCGCUGAGAAGUAAUUUUGCAAGAGCUACAUUGGAUUGGUUGUAUUUCUUUAAAUGUACAUGACAUGGGGAUGCUUUUAUGAUAAACUUGUAUGUUUCUAGUUAUUGCCCAUCUUUUUAUGAGCUUGACAA